AUGGGUGACCACGUUCUCUUUUUCUACGCCAUUCUGCACGGGUACGGACGGCAUCGGGUACGGGGAGCCGACUACCCAGGCAUCGUGCCGGCCAAGGCAAUGACCACGGAGCCAGACACGGAUUUGAAUGCUAAUGGCUUGGCGGCUGUGCUUGGGACGGUUGUUUCGGGAUUGACAGACGGUGAUGUUCAUCGAUUAGAUAUCUUUGAGGGUGCGGAGUAUGAGAAGAGUAAGGUAAAGGUUAGGAUUUUGCGGGAAUCGCUGGGUGGCAAGGAUGGGGGGCUGGAUGGGAAGGAUACGGAUAGGCAUUUGAUGGAUGUUCUGGAUGCUGCCGGGGCGGAGUUUGCGGAUGAAGGGGAGGAGGUAGAGGCUGUUACAUAUGUUUGGGUUGCUGGGGAAAGUAAGCUGGAGGAUGGAGAGUGGGAUUUCGAGGCAUUCAAGAAGGAUAAAAUGGCCUGGUGGGUGGGGGCAGAUGAAAGUGAGUGGUAA